AUGGCUGGUGUGCUCAUGGGCUAUCAAGCCGUCACUUCAGAUACCGACCACUCCCAAGCACAGGAUGCUGGGAACGAACGGACCAUCGACCCGAGUGGGGAGGAUGUUUACCUCGAUGCCAUCUACUUGCCUCUGUACUUCAAGUUCCAGCGCGUCAACAAAGGUGGAACGGCAGCCCCACACUGCAAGGACUACACCCUCGCGCUGCUCUUCCUGUUCUUGAACGUAGGCCUGCAGCUGUCCAUUGCCUUCAAGAUGAUGGAUGUCACUUCGACAAGCUAUGGAAGUAUCGAGAGAAACCUCUUCCACGGUACGUGCUGGAGGAUGGACUCGGACAGGCACGAUUUGUGGGGGAUCCUGUGGCCGACAAGUUUAAAAGGAGCUGGGUACUGGGACUGUCUCCCACCUCUUCUGACGCUGGCAGCCAGGGCAGCCGGAGGGAGACAAUUGGACUUGGAUGGAGAUGGCUUCUGGUCUGCCAAAGAGGCUGAAACCCUUGCGGAUCGUCUGCAGAGUCUGCAGGCCACCUUAGACCAUCACGCCUUCCACCGGAUGGUCCGGCACCUUGGCGCAUUGUGCUUGCUCUUCAAUGCCCUCUAA